GGGGAGACGGGUAGAAAGCUGCUGCCGGGUCGCACUUCCUGCCAUCUCCUCCGGAGACGCGCGUUGUGAAGGCGUCGCCCGCUAGGGUCUCGGGUGACCGGGACCGCAGCAGCGGCUCCGCGGGCGAGAUGUUCCGCAGUCUGAGCAGUUUGUUUGGCUUGCAGCAGCUGGCGGUGGACGACCGCCAGUCCAAUGGAGACGGGCAGCCCGAGGCAGAAGCGCCACCGGACCAGACCUCCGAGGCGGUGGCGGAGUCGGUCGAGGAGGAGUCGCAGCAAGCCGGGGACCCGGAGCUCCUUCACCAGGCCAGAGGCCUUGGCAACUAUCUAUUUACCUUUGCAACUGCCGCUACAAAGAAGUUAACUGAAUCAGUUGCCGAAACAGCACAAACGAUAAAGAAAUCAGUAGAAGAAGGAAAGAUAGAUGACAUCAUUGACAAGACGAUUAUAGGAGAUUUCCAGAAGGAACAGAAAAAAUUUGUCGAAGAGCAGAAUACAAAAAAAUCAGAAGCAGCAGUGCCACCGUGGGUUGAUAGUAAUGAUGAAGAAACAAUUCAACAACAAAUUUUGGCCUUAUCCGCUGACAAGAGGAAUUUCCUCCGUGACCCUCCAGCUGGUGUGCAGUUUCAUUUUGACUUUGACCAGAUGUACCCAGUCGCCCUGGUCAUGCUCCAAGAGGACGAACUACUGAGCAGAAUGAGAUUCGCUCUUGUUCCUAAACUCGUGAAGGAAGAAGUGUUUUGGAGGAACUAUUUCUACCGCGUCUCCCUGAUUAAGCAGUCGGCCCAGCUCACGGCCCUGGCUGCCCAGCAGCAGGCCGCCGGAAGAGAGAAGAGCCUCAGCAGAGAGGGCGCGCUGCCGCUCGCAGAGGCAGUACGGCCCAAAACUCCGCCUGCUGUAAUCAAAUCUCAGCUUAAAACUCAAGAGGAAGAAGAGGAGAUUUCCACCAGCCCGCUGGUUUCUGAAUUUGUCAGCGAUGCCUUCGAGACCUGUAACUUAGAUCAAGAGGAUCUGAGGAAGGAAAUGGAGCAGCUGGUGCUUGACAAAAAGGAGGAGACUGUACUCGAAGAAGACUCUGCAGAUUGGGAAAAAGAACUGCAACAGGAACUUCAAGAAUAUGAAGUGGUGACAGAGUCAGAAAAACGAGAUGAAAACUGGGAUAAGGAAAUAGAAAAACUGCUGCAGGAGGACAAUUAGUUUUCUCCUGAAACAAGCAUUAUCCUUCACAGUCUGUAACCGUCAUUAAAUUCUCGAAGGCAUGAAACAGUAUAACUAUGAAUUCUUUUUUAAAUUGAAACUCGCCUUUUCUUCUCAAAAAGUAUAUAGAACAGUUAUUCUAAUAAAUCAAAAAGGGAUAUUUUAUGAAAUAUUUCUUUAAUAUAAAUCCAAUUAGAGACGUUCUUAUAGUCAGUAUGGAUAUCUUAGCCACAGAAACAUAAGUAAAAUUUUAGAGCUCUGUUUUCCAUGAGGUCAAAAAUAUAUUCUUCAAUUAUGGUUUUCUAAAUAUUUGUACUUACUGCGUUUGCAUUGAUACGUAUACGUUAAAGUACUUAAUAGAUUGAUAACUAUGAAAAUGACCAAACUGUACCAAAGAACUGAACACAAAGCACUUUCAGAACUGUUUUCUUGGUAUUUUUUUGAAACUUCAUCUGGAAGCCAAAAGAUAAAAUAAUCACAGUGAUUCCAAUAGUAUAAACGUCACACAAUUUGACAUUGAGAAAUACUGUGCAAAAAUAUUCUUCUCUGGGGCCUUUUCUUUCUCAUUUAACUAUACCACAUUUAAUAAUACUUUUUUUGCCUAAAUUUCACGUGACGGAUUUUGUAGGAAGCAGGGCCUCUCAUGCUUUUUGUAUUAAUGACCACCAGAAGCCUGUUCAACUUAAAGUCUUGUUGUUUAAAUCGUCGCCACAUAUAAAUGUCUUAGCUUUGUCUUAAUUAAACUGCCAGUCUUUAUAAAAUUGUUUUCCUCUGAGUACAACUUCAUGCAGUGCUACUAGUGUUCUGCUAAACUAUCAGGCCCAUUUUCACGGAAGACGGUUAUUCGAGAUGAACAGGGUGGCUUAACUUCCAAAGCAUUUGCUUCCCAAACCUUUCAUGUUUCUCAAGGAGCCUUUAUAUCUUAAAGGGGAAUAGAAUUAAGACAGUUCUUUAUAAGAAAGAUGUACAUAUUUAUAUGCUUGGCCCCACAAAAAUUAGUCUGUGCGGUCCGCUGGCAAAGUUAGAGUCAAUGAGAAAACUGAGUGAGUAUAGGUCCAAGCGUUUGUAGUUUGGGAUCCACACGUGUGAACGAGCCAGACUAUCUCAGCUGGGAUCACUUGGGUCGCAGCAGUAAACUCACGUGUUCUGUGAAACCACCGCCGCCAUUAUCAGGAGAUUUCUCCUGCGGUGCUAUAGUUGCUGAUCACUGAGUUUGGGUUCAGAGAUGUGACUGGCAACAUCUGGAGUAAUCCUUUUAAAGAGAAAGGUUUGUUUUCGAAUAGAGCUUGCUGGAAGGAAAGAAGCAAGUCAAAUGUGUUUGAAGUAGCUGAAAAUCCUAGAUGUAAGCAGAUCAGAAUGUGACAGUGCUUGACUUUUAGUAUAAGCACUAAAAUUGUUAUUGAUGAAUUUGAAUAAAUACAAAAAAAGGAUUUCAGAGAAAAUUCAAAAUUUGAAAUGACAGUAAAAACACUAUCAUUGUUACUAUCAGUUUUCCAUGAUAUUGCAUUUAUAAAUAACUGAAUUGUGCAUUGCCCUGUGAUAAUAAAAGGAUUUAAUAAGACUUUUUACACAGCAAAAAAAUAGUUAAUGCCAUAUUUUUAUGAAUUCAUCAAGGAGUAAAAUAUUCUGCUUUUGUAAAUUAUACAGGUAACCGAAGUGGUAUUCCUUUAAAAGGCAAAAUAAUUUGUAACCAUGUUUGGUGGAACAUUUCUAAGUAUUUAUUUCAUGCCUGGGACUUAGCCAACAAUAUACACUGCGCAUAAAAACACGUAAGUGUCACAAAACGUUAAAAUACGAACAUAGCGCAUCACACUAGGGGAAUUAUAUAGCUCACUGCUUGCUGCUGGCUCGGGAAGCAGUAUGGGCAGCCUGUCUUGGGAGUUUAUCGGAAACGCAGAGCUGCUGACCCAGACUCCAUGUGACCAAGACCCCCGGGGGUUAGAAUGGACCUUACGGCUUGAAAUGCACUGGACUAACGUGCUGAUACACUCAGGGCAGCCGAGCAUCCUGGUGCUUUUUACUUCUUACCCAAACACUGGUGUCCUCGGCCGACAGUGUCUUUACAGUCACAGGUGCGUCCUCUGCUCUUCCAGUCGGUACCCACUGCCCACUCCCGUUCACACUGCCAUAUUAAGAGGAACCAAGUUCCCAGGGAGGCCACAAACCUGCGAAAUCAGAUAUUUCUAAUAGCACACAUUUCAAAAGAUAAUGACACCACGAAGCAGAGAUGAGGCUCUCUGAGAACUGUUUUACAUGUUUGAGCCACUUGGGCGGCACCAGAGGGCUGACGUGCUCUGAGGCUCCAAAGGAUGGAUGCCGCUCCGUGUGGCAUGUUUAUGCACGUGCAGUCAAGUAACAAAAAUAGCUUAAAGGGAAAUAGAGCAUUGAACCAAACUAAGUCUUUAAAGCUUGUUUUAGGUGCAUGGAGUUAGUAUUAUACGCAACAUCACUGUCCGUUUACGGUUAUAGUAGUUUAUGACGAGCAUGUCGCAUCCCUAGCUAAUGUGGCCAGUCUGAGAAGGAGGCUGCCGUGCUACGGCGGACACAGUGUCAGAAUCUCCUUAUACUCAAAAGUGGGAAAUCUCAAUUUGUAAUUUUUGAAACGUUAAACUAGAGAAGCUUUUAAGAGAUAAAGCAGCAAUUAUACUUGUGCUCAGUACUUUCAGAUGCCCUACUGUAACCAAGAUAGUUUGCCACAAUCAAAAUAUUGUCACAGAUAGGGUUUUUAGAACAUAUUAAAGGUUUACUGAAAGAAAACUUA